AUGGCGCGCCUCGCAUUGAUUCUCUUAGGCUUUCUGUUAGCAGUCAAUGCGACAGUGGUUGCGAAUUACCCGCUGAAUGCGCAACUGCCUCCUGUGGCUCGAGUAUCACAUGAGUACCACUUCGUCUUCUCGCAGGGCACCUUUGGUGGAAACGACUCGGAAACGACAUAUUCGCUGUCAUCAAACGCACCAUCAUGGCUAAAGGUUGAUAGCAAGUCUCGUACCUUGUCGGGUACUCCCCAGAAAGAAGAUGUCGGAUCACCUAAGUUCGAUCUUGUAGCGACUGACAAGUCCGGGUCUGCUAGCAUGGAAGUUACUCUCAUCGUUACCACAGACGAUGGCCCGAAGAUGGGGAAAUCCAUCGUCCCUCAACUCCAAGCGAUGGGACCGACAUCUUCUCCGUCCAACCUUAUUGUGCACUCCGGCGAUUCAUUCUCGAUCUCUUUCGACCAGGAGACUUUUACAAACACACGCCCGUCGACAGUAUACUACGGAACGUCAUACCCAGACAAUGCUCCUUUACCUUCGUGGAUUGGGUUUGAUCAGUCGGGCCUUCGGUUUCACGGUAUUGCACCCAACAUUGGGCCUCAGGGUUUCAAAUUCAACCUGGUUGCUUCUGAUGUGUUGGGGUUCAGCGCAGUGACCCUGAGUUUUGAAAUUACUGUCAGCCCUCACAUUUUCUCGUUCAAUCAAAGCUCCUAUACGUUGUUUGUUACCGGCGGAAAGGAGCUCACCAGCCCAAAAUUCGGCGACACUUUGAUCCUAGACGGGAACAAACCGACAAGCGAUAUGCUAGCAGACACCAAGUUCGACGCCCCAGACUGGGUGGAAGUGGACAAGAAAUCCUUAUCAUUCAAAGCAACCCCUCCCACGAAUGGGAAGGAUAGCAACGUGACAAUCCGAGUGACGAAUAUAUAUCAGGAUAUAGCCGAGCUUAUCGUCUCACUACAAUACUCACAAUUCUUCCGGGAUGAUUUCGACGGCGAAUGUGAUGCUGUUAUCGGCCAAUAUUUCGCAUUUGCAUUUAAUAGUUCCGUCCUUACCGAUGACUCUGCUGAGCUAGAUGUUGACCUUAAACAACAACCAUCUUGGCUCCAUUACAAUCGUAACAACAAAACCCUCUAUGGCGGAGUGCCGUCAGAUAUCGACACAGGCACCUACAAACUUCAGUUGACAGCUCGGGAAGGGACCGCAGAGAGUAACAAGACAUUCACCAUCAACGCUGUGAAUGGAGACAACUCGAACCGAGAUGGAGCUACGGGAAGUGCCGGUGGGUCCCGUGCGAACAAGGCAGGCAUUAUAGUGAUGGCAAUAUUCAUACCCUUAGGAUGUGUUGGCAUUGCUCUACUUCUUCUCUAUUGCUGCCGACGUAGACAAAGGUCGACCAAAGAUGAAGACGAACAAGGACUUGAAGAGAAAGCACUUCCACCAGGCCCAGGCCCUCUUGGGCCCGGAUUAUCACAUUGCCAGCCCUUUGAAAAGACGACACAGGGAAAGCCACCGGCUAUGGGUGACAAUUUACCGCCUGAGUCAAAACCCCCGAAAUUGGAGCUAGAGCCAUGGUGGAACGUUAGCAGCGAAGUCCGCAAUGAAGAAAACCAAGCAGCAGCGCCAGGCAAGGAGAAUACUUUCUCAAGUUCAACGAUUGACUGGGAAUUUACUCCAUUGCGAGACCUGGAAGAUGAAAACAAACCACCCGAAGAGCCCGCUACCAAACCCAGUCGGCUUUCUUUUCAAAGCAGUCCGCCAGUGCGUAGGGGCGCUUCCAAUCGUUCUGGGAGACGAGAGCCACUCAAGUCAAUCCAACCAAGACGGUCUAUGAAGCGAAACUCGGCUUUAUCGUCCCGAUCAAAACGGUGGUCCAAACGAUCAAGUGGCAUCUCCUCGGUGUCUAACGGUCUCCCAGUGAGGCUCAGCGGUGCCGGGCAUGGAGCGGGUGGGUUUGGACCACCAGGACAUGGGUUUGUGAAGGUCUCCUGGCAGAACACGCAGGCGUCUUUGCAGAGUGAGGAAAGUAACCUGGGAAAUUUGGCGCCGCUGUUUCCUCGCCCUCCUACUCGUAUGGGCGACAAUCAGGAUCACACAAAGAGAACGAGCAUGCGUACCGUGGACCGUGACAGCAUGACACUGUCCGAAUCUGAUUCGCUAGAGGCGUUUGUCCAAGGUCGUGUAAGAAGCCGGCAUUCCUCCAACCCAUUCAUUGCUGGUCCGAUCACUCGUCGAGUAUCAUCUAGUCUUCGGGCCCUAGAGCGGGCUCGAAGCAAUGCUAGCCGCGCGGAUACUGUCAAUAGUAGCACGGACAACGAUGACUGUCGGCGCCGAGAACGCCCCUGUUCUACGGCAAUGUCAGGAUCUAUUUAUACAGACGACUAUCGACAUUCUGCAUACCUUAGCUCCUUAUCAGAAGAAUCACCGACUGUGCAGCCACUGGGUGCUUUGAACCACGGGCCAAGUCAAUCAAGUUUGGCGCAGCAUUAUUCCAAGAUCAUUUCGCCGCUACCGCGGUUUUUCAGCGAGUUGAGUCUGAACAACGCCAGACGCGAUGAUGUUGGCGCAGCCCGUAUUCCCGAUGAUCACCAAAACUUCCCGAAUCCUCGCCGUUGGUCCCGAUCGAGCCCGUCGCUACAGAAUUGGCGGAGGCUCCGGAAGAGCCCUUCAGCGUCCUCUAUCCAACAAGAGGCGAAAGCUCGUCGGGUGAGUUUGAUGCGAGCGUCUGAGCGGGACCCGAGCUAUCAACGUGGACUACAAAGAGAGCCCACGGGAAGCUUAUUGAGCAGUGAUAUAGCGUUUGUUUGA